AUGGUGUCCGGAGAAGUCCCUAGUAGCUUUGAUGCUUACAAGAGAAAGAAAUUCUUCAAGGAUGCUAGGCAUUACUAUUGGGAUGAGCCCUACCUGUACAAGAGAGGACCAGACAGCAUUUACAGGAGAUGCAUUGCUGAAGAGGAUGUGCAAGGAGUUCUAGAGCAUUGCCAUGGGUCAGUUUACGGAGGUCACUUUGCUACAUUCAAAACAGCAACUAAGGUUUUGCAAUCGGGUUUAUGGUGGCCUACUUUGUUUAAGGAUGCAGCAGACUACAUUGCCAAGUGUGAUCCGUGCCAAAGGAAAGGAGGGAUCACCAAGAGGGACGAGAUGCCACUAAACCCAAUUCUAGAGGUUGAGAUCUUUGAUGUAUGGGGAAUAGACUUCAUGGGACCUUUCAAACCCUCUUCAAACGGGCACAACUACAUUUUGGUUGCUGUAGACUAUGUAUCCAAAUGGAUUGAAGCCAUUCCCUGCCCAACCUGUGACGCCAAGGUGGUUGUCAAGCUUUUCAGAACCAUCAUCUUUCCGAGGUUCGGCAUCCCAGGGUUGUUAUUUCGAUGGAGGCUCCCAUUUCAUCAACAAGGUGUUUGA